UUUUCAUAUGUUUUUUGGCCUCAUGUAAUUCAUGUGUAUUUUUUAACAGUGCUUAAGAAAAGAUGCAGAGUCUCGUAGAAGAGAACUUCAUAUUCGAACAUAUGCAGUUAUUCCACUGAAUGAUGAAUGUGGGAUUAUUGAAUGGGUGAACAACACUGCUGGUUUGAGACCUAUUCUAACCAAACUAUAUAAGGAAAAGGGAGUGUAUAUGACAGGAAAAGAACUUCGCCAGUGUAUGCUACCAAAGUCAGCAGCUUUAUCUGAAAAACUCAAAGUAUUCCGAGAAUUUCUCCUGCCCAGGCAUCCUCCUAUUUUUCAUGAGUGGUUUCUGAGAACGUUCCCUGAUCCUACAUCAUGGUACAGUAGCAGAUCAGCAUACUGCCGUUCUACUGCAGUAAUGUCAAUGGUUGGUUACAUUCUGGGGCUUGGAGACCGCCAUGGUGAAAAUAUUCUCUUUGAUUCUUUGACUGGUGAAUGUGUACAUGUGGAUUUCAACUGUCUUUUCAAUAAGGGAGAAACCUUUGAAGUUCCAGAAAUUGUACCAUUUCGCCUGACUCAUAAUAUGGUUAAUGGAAUGGGUCCUAUGGGAACAGAGGGUCUUUUUCGAAGAGCAUGUGAAGUUACAAUGAGGCUGAUGCGCGAUCAGCGAGAGCCUUUAUUGAGUGUCUUAAAAACUUUUCUACAUGAUCCUCUUGUGGAGUGGAGUAAACCAGUGAAAGGACAUUCCAAAGCGUCACUGAAUGAAACUGGAGAAGUUGUCAACGAAAAGGUUAGUAGAAAGUGUAGCUUGAUAUGGGCUGUAGUCUUCAUCUCUACAAGUGAACUUGAUAUGUAGCUAUAGUUCUCAUCUCUGUGCAUGAGAACUGCUUGGAAAUACUGUUAAUGACUAUUGCUUACUCUGAAAUCUAGUUCUCUAGUAUCACAGUGCCAUAAGUGUUCUUUAUUGUCAACAAUGUUGACAUUAUUAGCAUUUGUAUAAUAAAACAGUUCAUGGCACACUUGUUUAACCAUAGACAAUUCACAGUUAUGAGAUACAGUAGGAAAAACAAGUAUAAAUUGCAUGAACUUAAUAGAACAACAGGUCUGAGCUUUAAUAUCAUGAUACCAGUGUGUCACAAGCUAUCUUAACAAAUGCAGCAAUUCACUUCUUACUAAUAUUAGUUGAAGCUACAAAGUUUGCAGAUAGAUUUGUUGUUGCUGUUUU